AUGUGCCAAAGUAUUCCCAUCCGUCACCCCGGCUCUGCCCCGAAGCCAGUCGACGCGAACCCACGCCAUGUCGACUCGAAAGCGCCAUGGCCGGCCAACGCCGCCGCCGCCAUCACCGAUCUCGACGUCGACACCAUGCACUCGGUGCUCGCGUUCCUUGCCCUGCCCGAUCGCGUCCAGUUCGCAUCCACAUCCAAGCUGCUCGCAGAAGCGGGUUUGUCCACCAACCUGAAAACGUAUUGCGGCGAGUGCGCCUGCUGCCACUCGAAUGUUCGCUUUCUCUGCAACGAUGCACCACAGCGGACGUGGACCGUGCCGACGUGGACGGCGAUGUUGAACCGGUUCGGUCAUGCUCUGACAGAGCUGCACCUUGUGGGUUGUGCCGACCUCGCUCCCUCCAUGUUUGAAUCCGCACCAAGCCAACGCAUGCUCAAGAACCUGCGCGUUUUACGCAUCGACAUGUGUACAGGCUUGGAUGCCCGCGCCUUGCAAGCCAUCGUAGAAACCUGCUCGCACCUGCGCAAAGCCCACAUCAUGAACAUGCGCCUGGACGACGCGGGGCUGGCGGCGCUGUUGGCGUCCAACAGGGCGACGCUGCGAGAGGUCGACUUGUCUGGCUGUCACCUCCUGGAUGGGACGGGGUUCCGCGCGCUGCGCUCCACUCAAGUGGAAGUGAUGAGCCUCGAAGGUUGCCACCGCAUCAACGUUUUCGAACUGGACACGAUGCUCAAGAGCUGCACGACGCUGCGAAGUCUCAACUUGCAGUAUUGCCACAGCGCCGACGACACGGUGGCCCGCAGCAUCGCCGCCAACGCCCCUGCCUUGGAACACUUGAACAUGCGGUACUGCUGCAAGCUGUCGGACGCUGGGGUCGCCGCCCUCUGCUCCAAGUUGGCGAAUUUGAAGACUUUGGAUUUGUCGCAGUGCCCUCGCAUCACGAACGUCGCAGUCAGCGCCAUCGCUCGGUCGAUGGGGCGCUUGGACACGUUGAAAGUGUGGAGCUGCCGCCAAAUCAGCGCUAGCUCCAACUUGGCCGAGCUCCGCAAGACAGCCCUGCUUUGUAGCCCAUUUGUGCUUGCUGCCACGGCAUACCACAGCGCUUGGGGCCAUGGCGACGACAAGGAGCAGCCCAAACGACUGGCUCCUUCCGAUCUGCUAGGUGGAGCACGGCAGACAUAACCCGAUCCAUCUAGAACAAUCUAACGCGUUGUCGUGCGAUGCGCGGAAGC